CCGCAAUCCAGCCGAGGUGUUAUCGCCCGAAGUGACGCGCAAGCGACGGCGUUUGAUUCGAACGAUGUCGCCGACACUGCCUCGACAUCCGUUGUCGGUGCGUCGCAGCCACAGACAAACAUUCUGCCACAUUCCCGCACCAUGCCACUCUACCUCAAUGGCUUUUCGCAACAGCAGCAACAGCAGCAACCCGUGCCCACUACCACCACCAACACCACCACCACUUUCCCACCGGAGCAGCCACCCCAACGGUACGGUUCCGGUCAGCAGUUUGUCAUUCAGCACACGGGUCAGCAGUCGGCGAGACGCGCGCUCGGUUCGCACAUCUACGCCGUCAUGUCGGCGAUCCGCCGUAUCACCCAGCUGCUGCCAGCGCACUUCCGGCCAACGGUGGCCUGCGAAGGGGAGGACUCGUCGGACGCUGGCAGCGACGAGCUGCUGGUCGGCGACACCUGGACCGACUGCCUGCCCGCGCUGUGCACCGAAGCGAUCGCGUUCAACCGGGCCACGCUGCACUGGUUCCGAACGGCGGUGCCGAAAGACGAGGGCGCGUUGGCGGCACGACUCGACAACUGCGUGACCGAGCCAUACGUGAAGGCGCUCGCUGGUUUGCUGGCGCGGCUGGUCACCGAGCAGGAGGUGUUCGGCGAGCGGCUCGCCUGGCUGCUGCAGCACCUGCAGGACGGGCCAGUGUCGCGCGAACGGCUGACCGAAGUGUCCACGACGCUGCAGCACCUCGCUCAGGGUAUCGGCAAGUUGCGAAGCGAGUUCAAGCAGUCGGUGGAGGCGGGUGGCAUUUGGGGACGCCGGAGGCACCUGCGCCGAGAAACAAGCGGUGGUGGCGAUGGGGAAGGUCGCGUAGAUGAAGACAAUGCGGCCAACGUUUCGCUUUCGGUGAUCGACAGUUUCGAGGACUUGGAGGCGCACGAAGCUACGACGAAUCCGGAGUUGGCCCCGCUGCUCCGGGCGAUGCCACGCCAGGUCGGACUACGCCUGAUGUUGCACAUCUACGAGGUGCGUCGCUGGACGAUGAGCAUUAUUAAGAUGCUGCCGAUGCACUUCCGACCGGAUAUCGUGACGGAGAUUUGCGGCGGCAGCAGCGGGUGCGACGAGGAGGAAGCGGCCAACAUCGCUAACCUGAUGCCGCUGUGCGCGGCCACCCGCGUGAUGAACUGGUCGACGGUGAGCUGGAUCCGGGACACGACACCACUGACGCCGGGCCGCGAACACGAGCGCGCCGUCGACAUCCUGGGGAGGCGGGCCGGCAAGUGCAGCCGGGCGUACGGUCGGGCACUCGUCAGCCUCCUGUGGCGGCUGCGCACGGCGCUGGAUACGUUCGACGAGAAGCUCGCCUGGCUGCAGUGGAGCUUUGACACGCUGCAGGAGCUGGUCGGUAAUGAUCGGCACGACGUCACGAUGCGGACCGGCUGGGUCGAGGCAUGCAGCACGCUGGACGGCAUCGCUCAGAGCAUCGACGGGUUGCGGCGGGACUUCGAGCAAAUGGAGGAAGGCAACUGGUGGCGCUGGUGGCGAUGGGUGAACCAACUGCUGCCGCUCGAUGGCGAACAGGAGCGCCGCAGCACGGAACCACCCAUGUUGGCGGCGGCUUCGGGAACUUCAACGGAGGCGUAUACUCAGCCCUUGGAGCAGUUACCACAACAGCCAGUACAGCAAAAACCGCAGCCACCCUUGACGUUGGAGCAGCAGCGGGAGCUAUUGAAUCAGUUUCUACUGCACUCGAUGUCAACUUCGGGAACUUCAACGGUAUCGGAGGCGUAUACGCAGCCCUUGGAACAGCCUUUCAUGCCGUUGGAGCACCAGCGGGAGCUAUUGGAUCAGUUUCUACUGCAUUCGCAGCAGAAGCAACGCCGGCAAGCGAAGAAACCCCAAUGGCAGAUGAAGGCGCCCAGAUACGAGUUGCUACUGAACCCGAUGCCGGACGGUCGAACGCAAAUCGUGGUCAAUCCUCCGGAUGUGCUGAACCUGACGUACUAUCAGGAUGCCAACCAUCACGAUCACAACUAUCUACAUCAGAACCAGCAUCUCCAGUUGCAGCAGCAGCAGCAGCAGCAACUUCAGCAACAGCCGCAACAACAGCAGCAGCAACAACAACAGCAUCAACUUCAGCCCCAGCAGCUGCAUGAACCGGAGGUAGCACCACAGCAUCAUUCGCAGCAGGCUCAGCAGCCGCAGCAGCACCAUCAGCUGACCAUGACGGCGAGCACCGCGACAACACCGCCGACCAAAUGCAGCCCGUUCCAGAUGGCCACCCUGAACGCGCAGCCGGGCGUUGCGACAUACAACUGAUGCGAUGAACAUGGCCGGUAGUAGCGUGCUGCUGGCUUGCAGACGUUCCUGCAACCUAGACCGUGUGACUUCUUCGAAGGUUGACGGACACCCCGCCCAACCUGCUUCCAUAAUGAAGUUGUCUGUUGGAUUCGACUAAUCAGCAGCAACACUGGCUGCGAUCAGUGCAAACCCUACAUCCCUCAUCCUUCGCCUUCAUUCUAUGUCUGUUUUUGGCGGAUCGUCUUUGCUGAGCUUUAUUACUUACAGCUACGGAGCGCGCUCCGAAGGGAGAACCGAAACGUUAACGCAAGGAGGGCACAACCUCCUAUUGCUACCCUUUGUGCUGGCUUAGACUCUAUUCGUUUUUAACGUUUAAAACUAUUUGUAACUUAACAUGAUUAUUGGAGAUUCAUACUGUACAGUCUAGAUAUUAGGGUAUACAUAACCACAUAGGGAUAGAAGUUAAUAGCUAUAGGUUUUUCUAUAUAGCCGGUGUGAAACCAACAAUGCCGCGAUUGUAGUGGUGUUGCGAUUAUUAGUUUAUAUUGAUAUAUUUGUUUUAAUCCAGUCAUGCCGUAUACAUUGUAGGCUGAUUCGCCGGUCGACGAGUCGCAAGUUGCAGCGUACCUACUCCGUGCGAAUCCGGACCCAGCAAAUGGUAGUACUUGCUACUAACUACAAUGUAGCUACUUGCCAUUUGUAUAGAACCGAAUCUACUUUUACAGGAAAGUAGGUGGAUGUUAUUGGUUGACAACUCGUGUAAUUUCAAGUUGUCAAACAAAAACUUUUCGACCUUUGUUACAGAAAUAUUAGGUUGUAGUAUCAGUGAUCGAUCUUUUUAUUUAUUGACGAUCAAAUGAUAGUAAAUUAAAAUUCAUACCUUCCUGCUUACUUGUGUGAGUGAUUUAGUUACCGGCACGUACUUGCUACAGUGCGGACGGCUUCUUGCCACUUGCCUGCUUACUCACCACUUGCCGACGUGCGAAUUAGCCUUAUCUAUAUGGAUGUAUAUGAAGCAUGGAUACAUCAGGCAAACGUGCGACGUAAACAAUAGAAUCGCUGAAAUACACACACAUAAACACACACAUACACACAAUCCUGCAUCAGGGAGCAGUCGAGAAGAUAGCGAAACAUUUGGAACACCAGUACACCAACCAUAUUAAAAGUGAAAUAAUACACGAGAAAGGAAUUCCGGAUUCAUGGCACCCACGCAUGCGAAUGCAAACGACUAACGCAACAAAAAAAGAAAGUGUACGGUAGGAAAACAAUUAUAGCUAAAACAUAGCACGGUAGCCGAUACGUCGACGCGUCGGAAAGGACGAGUUCGUAAAAGAAGAAGAAAAACACAAAAAGGUCUCAUCACUAACUGCCAUUUUCGUACAGUUUACUCGUGUACUCUCUCGCGGCCCACUGUCCUCCGAAAGGAAGGGGAAGAUUUAGGUUUAAACUUUUGCGUGUAGGUAUCGACAAGGCUUUGUGUUUCCUCGUUUGCCUCCGUUGGUUAGUUUUCUAUCGUUUCCCUGCUCGGGUGUGAAAACAUCAACUCCAGUCCAGUAUUCGCUUACCUCGAAACCGGUUGCGGAAAUGAUAUUUUAAAAAGGACGCAUUAGGGAUUUUUGCGGAAGUCAACAACGAAGCGUUGAGUCAAAAAGAGGAAAUCUUUGUGGGUUUUGCAUGUGACACGUUACUAUUUCGUCAUGUUAGUAUCGAAGAUGCGUUAGGCAGAUGCAAAUGCGUAUAUGUUUUAGAAAGUCAGUUCAUUUUCUUGCAGUGAAGUUUUUGUAUGUUUUUUUUCAUUAUUUACCGUGUUCGUACAGAUUCGUGUUAUGAUAGUUGCCAACCUUUUACAUAAUACGCUAAGCGCUAUGCGCAAACCAACGGGACCGACGUAGCGCUUAACGUGAUAAUGUAUUUUUCCAUAUUCUUGUUUUUCGCAAUAUCAUAAUACUUUCAUUCUUGACACAUAAUUUUCCAAUUCGUUAAGCAACCUGACUAGUUCUUAAUAUUGCAUUUGGUUGGUACGUCCGCUCACUAAUGGAAAAGUCUUAUGAGCCAUAGGUAAAUACGUAAGAUGCCCUUUACCAUACCAUUUCGUAUUAAUUAAGUUCAAAAGCAUUGCUCGCAUAUGCUGCAUUCUUUCCCAUACAUCCUUCCGCUACUCACUCUUCGAGCUAACCAAAACGGAAGGAGAACAAGUGUGGUUGUAUACCACCGGCUGGACAGUCUUCGGGACGAUGGACACGAUGAUGUAGUGUAGGGACAGAAAGCAAAAUCGAAUGAAAUCCAAGAGGAUAUGAGAUAUAUGAGGAGGAAAUUGUGGGGAAAAGGCUGGCUGUAGUGGUACAACAAGAGAAGUAUGGGCAGCCGAAUGAUUUUCAGGUCCAGUUCUGAUUGAAGGUCAUGGCUCAGAGCGCACUUAAAUGAACGGUGAAGGAUUUGUGAUAACGAAAACAAAAAAUAUAGAAGAGAGUGAAAAACAGAGUCCUCCGAGCGGAAAGGAGGUGCGUGUCCGGCGUGAUCUGUCUGCGGGCGGAAUCGGAUCGGAAGUUGUGUAAAUUAUGAUAGAUUUUGCGGUAAAAUAAUAAGUUUACAUUAGUUUGUUUUAGUUCACUACAUUAACGACUUAUGGCAUACAGGCAGAGAGCUAGUGCUAAGUUAGGCAACGGAUGAUCGGAUUAGUGUUUAGCAGAGUGGAGAAAGGCGUUCGCACGAGAGAAUAUAGGUGGUAGCGUUUAGUGUACGAUUUUACUUGAGCCAAGUAAUGAACUAUGCAAACAAAAACCAGAAAAAAUAAUUCAAAUAAUGCAACAGCAGCAGUAGUGGUCCGAUUAAGUCGGUUGGAAAUCGUUUCGUCAUCCUUUCCAGCGUAGGGAAAAGUACAUGUGGAUAGGGACAAACGCUGAACAGCAGCAACCGGAUGGAGUAGGUCUGAAACCCACUCAACAAUCAAAGUUCGAGUCCAAAGUGUAAGAUGUUUGGUAACAAGGUAUGAUACGUGAACUUAUUUCGCUUAGGAUUAAGAGCGUGUGUGUAAUUGAAGGAGGAAAGAAUUAGAGAAAUAGCGAUAGUCGAAUGGGGGAGACGUUGCGGGAGAUGCUAUGUGUACUGAUGCGCAACGGUCGAAUUGUCUCGCAAGGACAUGGAUUGUUUUUCAAGCCGGCUUUCGUCGGAUCGUGAUUCGUAUAGGUAUGAUGAUAGUGUUGCGUAGAUACUCUCUCACUCUCUCUCUCUUAAGUAGCCGCUCGAGAAAAAAGGAGCAAAUGGAACAAAAACGAAACAAAAAAUAUGAAGUGGAAGUAUAACUAACGAAUGAAGCGUGGAUAGAUUUAAAGAAAAUGUAUGAGCAAACUUAUGUAAUGCGAAGAAAAAAAAACAAACAAAACAAAAACGAAACUACCAAAAAACAUGAUAUAAAUACUGCCAUUGUGCAUCAUC